CAAACUUCAUUCCUAAAAUACAACAAAAUCAAGAACAUGUCAGCUCUAAAGCUUUCCAUUGUUUUCUUUCUGCUCUUCAUCUUUCAUUCUGUUAAUGCACAGAAACUAAGCCUUGAUUUUUAUUCCAAGUCAUGCCCGAGUUUGGCGAAGACUGUCAAGGAUACGACUGCAAGUUUUAUUUCUACAGCGCCAUCACUUGCACCGGCAUUGCUGAGAAUGCAUUUCCAUGACUGUUUUGUUGAUGGAUGUGAUGGAUCGAUACUAUUAAACUCUACGGGAUCUAACACAGCAGAGAAAGAUGCAAUCCCCAACCUGAGCCUCCGAGGGUUCCAAGUGAUUGAUGCUGUCAAAUUGGAAGUCGAGAAGAAGUGCCCUGGAAAAGUUUCUUGUGCUGAUAUAUUGGCUUUAGUUGCAAGAGAUGCAGUUUCACAGAUUAAAGGGCCACAUUGGAAUGUUACAUUGGGGCGAAGAGACGGUAAAGUGUCGCGUGCUGGUCAAGCAUUGGCAAAUCUCCCGCCCGCUUUCUUCAACAUUUCGCAGUUAAUAGCAUCGUUCGCUUCAAAGGGUUUAAGUGUUAAGGAUCUUGUUGUCUUGUCAGGAGGUCACACCAUCGGAAACUCCCACUGCUCCAGCUUCACAACUCGCAUAUACAACUUCACAGGGAGGGGCGAUGCCGACCCUACAAUGGAUCCCAACUAUGUCAAGGAGCUCAAGAAAGUAUGCCGGCCAACCGACACGACCACCAUUGUCCAGAUGGAUCCAGGCAGCUCUAAGGAUUUCGACAACGACUAUUUCAGUAUUGUGAAGAAAAGAAGGGGCCUUUUCCAGUCAGAUGCUGCACUUCUAAACAACCCUGUCACCAAAAACUACAUUCAAAGCCAUUCAUUUAACGGGUUUGAUAAGACUUUCUUCAAUGACUUUGCUGUAUCAAUGCAGAAAAUGGGAAGAAUUGGGGUGCUGACAGGAACUGCUGGAGAAAUCAGGAGGGUUUGUUCUGUUGUGAACUGAAAUUAGGGCUAGGGUUUGUGAUUGGUUUGUCUACAUCAUGUUUAUUUGAUCUGUGUGUUCAGUUGAGUGGUUUGUUUGAUUGCUUAGUGUCAAUUGUUUCUUGUAGUGUGAUUUAAAUGAUUUCGAUGUCUUGAAUAUUCUUUCUUUAUUUUUAGAAUUGCAAUAAAAUGUAGGAUUUGUAAAUAAUCUGGGUACUUU